AUGACGAAUAACACUGGUGAUAAUCGCCCCCAGGCUGAUGAAGCCGCCCCCUUGAGGAUUAGUCUCUCGAUGCCCCCUGCUUUCGACGGUAUCUCCGGUAGCUUUAAGGAUUGGCUAAGACGUUAUGAGCAAUGUGCCCUUGCAGCCGGAUGGUCCACUCAACAGCAGGCAGAACGCCUUGGUCUGUACUUGAAGGAACCCUUUCUCUCUGGUUGGGAUGCUUAUGCUAAGAAGGUGAACUUCGAGGAAGACAAGAAGUCCCUCCUGAAGAUAUUUGAUCAUGUCCGUCCCCACCAAGCCCUAAAACAGUUCCAAGAGCUACGCUGGUCCAAGGGUCAGCACCCCGCUCUCUAUGCUGCAGCUCUACAACGACACCUCAACCGGUACUAUACCAAGGAGAAGUUCCCUGAGCUCUCUGAAGCGGACAGGACUAAGAACAUGGAGGAGAUGAUCAUCGACCGACUGAAAGCAGAUCUACCCCCCAUGGUCCGGUUCCAGCUCCUCUUGAAAGAGCCUAAGAACCUCAAGGAGGCCUGUAUAAUGUGUGACAGCGUUCUUGCCCUUGACGACGUUAACCCCAACACCGUGGCCGAGACACCGGCUAAGGUUGCCACCGCCGCUGGUGUUUUCGGUAGUCAACCGGCCGAUGACUCGGCGGAUACGCUCACGAAAGCUGAUGCCAAGCGUAUCGAACAGAAGCUCGACAGGAUUCUGGGUGGUAUGAGACGCAAGAGUGACGAUCCUAAGCAACAGUCAGAUACUAAUGUCACCUCUACUGUGGCCCUCACUCGGCCUAGAAACUGUGGUAUCUGCAAGGCCCAGGAUCAUCCGACCUACUCCUGCCCCAACAAGAAGUUCUCGGAAGGUUGCUACUGGUGCGGCAAGACUGGUCACUUGGCUAGAGAUUGUUACCAGAACCCGAAUAAGGUGAUCCACGAACGUUGUGUCCCGGCUGGUGCCAAGAUACAACCUGUUCGUGGACUUGAACUUAUUUCUGCACAGGGUCAUAGCUUCGAUUUGCUAGGAGCUGUCGCCCUUACUCUGUCCUUGUACGAUUCGACUAACUUAGAUAAUCCUUGUUUACCGGAGGCAGACCCCCCGCCGCCGGGUCCCGACCUCCCUCCUGAUAUCGUGGUACCUAUGGUAUUUUUGGUGGUAAAGGCGUGUGUUCACCCUAUCCUUCUAGGUAGCGACUUCUUGGCACACUAUAGGAUGUCUGUGGUUUAUCAAGAGCUUGGCCCUCCAUUACUACAAGGUGUCUUGAAGGACCGACCUAUUCCGUCUGUAACGGAUGCUGGUCGUGGGUACUCCGUGUCGGCUACUCGAAGGAAACCUGAACCCCUGAAGGUACCUACCCAUACACCGGUGCCAACAGGGAUGAUACCGGGACUGUGCGCGCAUGAGAUAGGGACCCACCUAUUGAGGAUGCUCAAUAACGAUCUUCAACCUUGGAGAGCCGACCGGCGUCUGUCUGGUCCUAAAGACAACCGUCCUAAGCUGGAGAAUCAUUUUGCUACCGAGGAAGGAUUAGCUACACUAAACGCUCUGGUGCAGUCGGACAAGAGACCCAACAAUGCAGAGUUAUACCUGUGGUCACCCGCGUUGCGAUAUUGGGCAACAGUGCAAGGUCAGAAUCGUAGCUUCGUUCAGCUCUUCCACUUGUUACAACGCUACGUCCAGGAUCCUGUGAGGCGCUUUAAGCUCUGCAGUCGUGUGAAAAGGGGCAUCCGGGACACUGGUAUCCCUAGAGGGGCGUGUACGUUGGACCAAGCGUAUUUCCUCGGCGCAGUGGAUAUCUUGCGGAACUUGGACUCCAUUGACUUCGUGCUUCUGCAUUACGACAUCCUCGUGUUCUCGCCCGAUGCUGAGACUCACGAAGACCAUUUGAGACAAGUCUUCGCACGCUUGCGUGCGUGGGGCUUGACGUUGUCCGCCGAGAAGUGCGAGUUCGGUUGCCCUUCUGUGCCCUAUUUAGGACACAUUUUCGACGGGAACGGUAUGAGACCAGAUCCAACUAAGGUAGAGGCGAUCUUGAGAUGGCCUCGCCCUGGUAAUGUUGCAGACAUAAGGUCCUUUUUGGGUCUCGCCGGCUACUACCGUAACUUCGUCCCUAACUUCUCGGACGUGGCACGACCAAUUCAACGGCUGGUGUCGGAGGUCGGAAGUGAAACUUUGGCUUUGGAUACCUACUGGGGACAAGAGCAAGAGGAGUCCUUCCGGGCCCUCAAACUUCGUCUCGCAGCCCUGCCCUUCCUAGCUUACCCUGAUUUCGGUACCCCCUUCGAGCUCUAUACUGAUGCAAGCGACUAUGCCAUUGGAGCUGUCCUUAUGCAAGAAGGAAGGCCCUUGGGAUUUUUCAGUAGGACGUUGACGGGCUCCCAGCUCAAUUGGCAUACAUACGAGAAGGAAGCAUACGGUAUCCUACAAGCCCUGAUUUACUUCCAACACUACCAUAUCGGCUACCCCUUGACGGUUACGGUAUACACAGACCACGAGCCCUUGACUUGGCUAGCUAAGGCCGGCUCAAAGAAGCUGGAGCGAUGGCUUUUGGCCAUGCAGGCGUAUUCGUUCAUAGUGAAAUAUGUACCAGGUAAGAAAAAUGUGUGCGCUGAUGCUCUUUCCAGGAUACGCCAGCUCGACGACGAUACUCUACCGAUGGAGCCGAUGGAGUCAGAACCUCUCAGGACGAAGCCAGCCAAGGACGUUGACACUACCCGUGCUCUUGUAUCUGUUGUAGCCGCUCGUCGACAAUUAGCCGCUUGUAUAACGGCAUUGUCGGCACGGUGGUCGAUCGACGAUAUAAGGCGAGAGCAGGAUAGUGACGAUGUCACAAGGAAGGUAAAGGAACGUCUGUCGGAUCCGUUGCCCUUACGUAGGACCGAAUUGACCGACCUCGCCUUCCGCCCUUAUAAGCAGCUGUGGAAUCAACUGGAUGUGCUAGAUGGCCUACUCAUACGCCGUCGCAAGUUCGAUAACGAACGAGAGCCCCGGUUCCUACCAGUGAUACCACCUGCCUUGAGAUCUGAUGUUGUGGAUGCCUACCACAAGGAAGACGGUCACUUCGCCGUACGCAAGACUCUCGACAAGCUCAAGUUGCAUGCCUAUUGGCCCGGGAUGGGCACAGAUCUCCUCAACCACGAGAAGACAUGCCCUAGAUGUACUCAGGUCAAGGCAACGGUACCUCGAGCCCCCUUAGGAGUUAUGCCUAUCGGCAAACCCUGGGACUUAAUUGCUAUCGACCACUUGAAGGUGCCCCCCAAUGACGAUAAUAUUCGUUCACUAUUGGUUGUCCAAGAUUAUUUCACACGGUGGGCUACGGCCAUACCGGUGAAGUCCGAGGAUACCACCGAAGUGGUAAGAGCCCUUUUAGAUCUUUUUAGCAUCUUUGGGCCCCCUGGUCGUGUGCAUAGUGACCAAGGCCCUGCGUUUGAGUCGAACGCCCUUAAGAUUGUCCUUGAGCGUUUAGGAGUUGAGAAAAGCCAUACCACACCGUAUCACCCUUCGGGUGACGGCUUGGUUGAGCGCUUUAACCGAUCACUGAUUGGCCUCCUCCGUACUCAUGUGACCGACUCUUACCAAUGGCCUAUGUAUCUUCCUUCUUUAUUGUGGCACUACAACAGUUCUGUUCACUCAGCGACUAGGUUCGCCCCCUUCACACUAAUGUUCGGUCGUGAACCGAAGUCUGUCUUUUUGCCAUCGUUGCAGGCCCUUGAUCAGUUCUCAUUCGAUCCAUUCGGGUAUAACGAGUACGUCAAGGCCCUCUCGAUCCACCUUGAGGAUCUUGUUGACCUCGCCCACGCCUCCGCCUCUGCUGCAGCCCAAGCUUACUACGACAAGAAGGCCACUGCUCGUCAAUUCUAUGUUGGACAACGUGUACUAGUACGACGUCUUGGCCCUCAAACCGGAAAUAAGCUUGAACCUAAGUGGAGCCCCGGUUGGUUUGUGGUUGGUCAGAUGCCUGGCCAAGAGAAUAAGGUUCUCAAGCUCAAGCACCAAGAUACGCUUCAAGUUCGUGUUCUGUCAGCUGAUUAUGUCGCUAUCGACCCCCUUCAGCCCGACGCCGUUCCUGACGCCCUUGGUAUUAUGCGACAAGAUCCACUACUUCGUGCUGGAUCACCCUUGCCCGACCCCGAUCUCAACAACGCCCCUGGUCCUGAACCCCCUGUACUACCCGAUGUCAUUACAGACAAUGUGAGUCCAGGAGAUGGUUAUCCUAUGGACCCCCUGGCCGGCCCUGAGAUACCCCCUGACCCUGAUGCUUUACUAUGGAUUGAAGUCGACUUCCCACAACCACAACCACGAAACUCAAGACAAGAACCCCUGUCGGAAACGAUAAGUACGGCGACCCCGGAUGAUGUCUCUACUGGACGCAGUGGUGAACCUCAUCUACCAGAAGAGGGAAGUGCAGGCGAUCUCGACGGACGCGUUGAGACCUCGCCAGCCCAGACCCCUUCUAGCUCUUCAUGCCUACAACCCGACGACAACACCGACAACAGCGAGUUUCAAUCGGCGCCUUCUCCAGGUUCCUCGUCAGCUGUCCCAUCGCCCCCUACGUCACCACCCUGUGAAGAAACGGCUGAGGCUCCUGCAACGGCAGAUGUUAUGGAGACGGCCGCCCCUUCUGAAACGGCUAGUCGACCUCUAGGACGUGGACACCGCACGAGAAACCCAAGACGAGAAGAGGCCCUGCGGGUCGAUCCCGAAGAUGCCAAUGAUAUCCCCACCACGGCUCCCGUCCCCCUCGUCCGUCGUAUCCUCCGCCUAUCAUUACUCAACCUCCCCGACCACCGACUAGACCACAAGCCUAUGCGUGAUCAAGCUGUCAUGACUGACGCCAUGGUUUCGGCACAUGUUGACGACUCGACUGCCCUUACUACUAUUGAGGCUACUAACAACUACUACGAUAAUGACGGUGAUGAUGCUUCCAUUGACACCGACAACUCCUACGGUCUCGGUCAACCAGAAGACGAUGAGUCCUUACAAUAA